GAUGGGGGGCCGGGGGCUGCUGCCCCUCUGCUGCCUGCUGGCCGCCCUGCCCGCCCUGCCCGCCCGCCGCGCCCGCCCGGCACCAGCCUGUGACUGCCACGGGAUGUCCAGGCAGUGUGUCUUCGACUGGCAGCUCCUGCAGGAGACCGGGAACGGGUUCCGCUGCCUGGGCUGCGGGGGCAACACGGCGGGACCGCGCUGCGAGCGCUGCCGGGACGGCUUCUUCCGCCAGCGGGAGGGCAACUGCUGCCUGCCCUGCCACUGCCACCCGCAGGGCUCCCUCAGCCCACAGUGUGACAGCAACGGCCAGUGCAGCUGCAAACCUGGUGUGAUGGGCGAGAAGUGCGACCAGUGCCAGCCGGGCUUUGAGUCUCUCUCUGAGGCUGGGUGCCAGAGGAGUGGGCAGAGCCUGCAGUGCGAGUGUGACCCAGCUGGAAGCCUGGGGACCUGCCUCUCUGGCCACUGUGUCUGCAAGGAGAGAGUGACCGGGGAGCACUGUGAGAGGUGCAAGGGGAAUUUCUAUAACUUGGAUGCCAGGAACCCUGUGGGAUGCUCCCCCUGCUUCUGCUACGGGCACUCGGCUGCGUGUGUCAGUGCAGACAACUACAGUGCCCACAACAUCACCUCCACCUUCCAGCAAGGUGCCGAAGGCUGGCGUGGUGUCCAGGAAGGCAGCUCCCCAGCCCAGCUCCAGUGGUCCCCACGGCACCGGGACGUGUUCCUCACCGCGCGCAGCUCCGAGCCGACGUACUUCGUGGCACCCGCAAAAUUCCUUGGAAACCAGCAGCUGAGCUACAGCCAGACGCUCUCCUUCGAUUACCGGCUGGACCGAGGGGGCCUCCAUCCAUCUCUGCACGACGUGGUCCUGGAAGGAGAUGGCUUGAGGGUCACUGCCCCCUUCUUGCCCCAGGGGGAGGUCCUGCCUUGUGGUGUCAGCCAGACUUACACAUUCAGGUUGGACGAGCACCUGAGCAGCAGCUGGAGCCCGAGGCUGAGUCACUUGGAGUAUCGCAGGUUGUUGGGAAACCUGACGGGUCUCUGGAUCCGAGCCACCUUUGGGGAGUACAGCACUGGCUACCUGGACAACGUCACCCUGGGGUCGGCGCAGCCGGGGGCCGGAGCCCCCGCGCCCUGGGUGGAGCAGUGUGAGUGCCCGGCAGGGCACGGGGGGCAGUUCUGCCAGAAAUGUGCCCCUGGGUUCCACAGGGAUGUUCCCAGCCUGGGGCCCUUCAGCGGCUGCGUUCCCUGCAAUUGCCGGGGGGGAGGAAUUUGUGAUCCUGACACGGGCGAAUGCUAUUCGGGAGAUGAAGACGUGGGCAACAGUGUCAGCUGCCCCUUCGGCUCCUACCGGGACCCCCGGCAGCCCCAGGGCUGCAGGGCCUGUCCCUGCAGCAAUGGCCAAGGCUGCUCGGUGGUGCCAGGCAGCGAGGAGGUCUUCUGUGACCAGUGCCCUCCUGGAGCUGCUGGGGCCAACUGCGAAUACUGCGCCGACGGGUACUUCGGAGACCCGGCGGCUUCCCGGCCCUGCCGGCCGUGCCAGUGCCACGGCAACGUGGAGCCCAACGCCGUGGGCAACUGCGACCGCCAGACGGGCGAGUGCCUCAAGUGCAUCCACAACACCGCCGGCUCCUCCUGCCACCGCUGCCGCGACGGCUUCUUCGGCAACCCCCUGGCCCCCGACCCCGCCGACAAGUGCCGAGCCUGUGCCUGCCACUCGGCCGGCGCCGAGCCCCCGCGGUGCAGGAGCGACGGGAGCUGCAUCUGCAAGCCUGGCUUCUGGGGCCCCAGCUGCGAGGAGAGCGAGUGCCCGGCCUGCUAUGGUCAGGUGAAAGGCCAGGUGGACCUGUACCUGCAGCAGCUGGCAGAGCUGGAGGUGCUGCUCUCAGAGGCACAGGCUGGUGGUGGUUCUGAGAGCCAGGAACUGGAGGGGAGGAUGCAGCUGGCUGAGGAGAUGCUGCAGACCAUCCUUGGGGAAGCCCUGAGCCUGCAAGCCUCUGACAGGUCUCUGGAAAGCCGCCUGGCCAGCAUGAAGGGGCAAGGGUCCAGGUCCCAGAGCUGCAUGGACGAGAUCAAGGCCACAGUGGAGAGGCUGAGGUCUCUCAGGAGCCAGUAUGAGAGGCAGGUGCAGGACACCAGGCACCUUCUGGAGAGGGCCAGGCUGGACCUGGACCACAGCGGAGCCGCUCUGCGUCAGGUGAACAUUCCUGUUUCAAACCUUCCCGGGGGCUCCAGUCAGCUCUUAAUGCUGGCCCAGGAGGCUCUGAGACUGGCCAACAGCCACCUGGACGCUGCCCACGCCACGGAGCGAGCGGCGGUGGCGGCGCGGGGGGCCGGGCGGCAGGUCCUGGAGCUGCUGCGGGCGGCGGGCGGGGAGGGGGUCCCCUCGGGCUCCCUGGCAGGCCUGCUGGGCAAGUAUGAGGAGCUGAAGUCCCUGGCUGGAGGCCUGAAGGCUGAGGCAGAUGGGAUGGCCUCCAAGGCAGACAAGGCUUACCAGGGUAGCCUGGUGCUCCUCAGCUCUCUGUCGCGCCUGGUGAAGUCUGACAUCGGGUCCUUUGAGGGGGAGGCAACCCGGCUGAAGCAGGAGGCCAGUGCUCUCCUGAGCCUGGUGGACACCUACAUGGCCCAGUACAGGCAGCUGCAGAGCAGCACGGGGCUCUGGGAGGAGGAGAUCAAGCAGCUGCUGCGGAAGGGAGAGGGUGAGAGAGCGACUCUGACACAGCUGUUGUCUCGAGCCAACCUCGCCAGGAGCACAGCCCUGCAAGCCGUGAGCGCUGGCAAUGCCACCUUCUAUGAGGUGGAACAGAUCCUGAAGAGCCUUCGAGAGUUCAACCUGCAAGCCGAUGACAAGAGAAGGGAAGCCGAAGAUGCCAUGAGGAGGCUACCAAUCAUCAGCAGCAUGGUUGCAAGUGCCAGGGAGAAGACAGACCGAGCUGAAGCCACCCUGGGCAGCGCAGCUUCCGAAUCCAAGGCAGCCAGCGGUGCUGCAGGGGAAGCAAAGGACAUCACCAUGGGGAUCCAGCAGGAGAUCACACGGCUGAGGAUGGAAGCCAACAGGACAGCUGAUGGUGUCCUUGCCCUAGAGAAGGCAGUGGCCACCCUGCAGCGUGAGUCCAAGGAAGUGGAUGGUGAAUUUGAGAGGAAGCUCUCGGAGGUUGAGGCUGAUGCUGCUGCAUUGGAGGAGACAGCUCAGGAGGCUCAGAGGGUCCACGCCAAGGCUGGACAGGCAGGAGUGGCCGUGCAGGAGACACUGAGUGCCCUGGAAGAGCUGCUACGUCUGAUGAACCAGCCUGGUGCGGUGGAUGAGGAUGGCCUGAAGCAGCUUGAAAAGAAUUUUGGCAAAGCCAAAACCAGAAGCAACCAGCUGAAGGAUGAGAUGUUGGAGCUGGAGCAGACAGCUGCACUGCAGAAGGCCCGGGUGCAGACACUGGAGAGCAGCAUUGAUGAGAUCCUGGUGGAUAUUAAGAACCUGGAGGACAUCCAGAGAAGCCUUCCUUUGGGCUGUUACAACACAAAAGCCAUCGAAUUGCCAUGAGUGAGCUCUGGAACGGCUCCAGCACCUGCCAGGCUGUGCAGGCAGGAGAGCCUGGCCCAGCUGCCCUCCCCAAACCCAGCAGGACCAGCAGAACUUGGUUGUCUUGAGCUGGCCCUUACCCUCAAGUCCAGCACGGCAGCUGAAGUUCCUGUCAUCAUGCUGGCCCUGGAGAGUCCCUGAUUUUUCAAAGAGGUCCGUCCCUCAGUCACAGGAAGGAGGAGAUGCCUGCUUGCACGAAGGUGUUACUGACUGCAUGACAUCCCCUUCCUACAAGGUUUCUGAGAUGCAGAUGGAGGUUGCUUGGUGUCAACCUCAGGAGUUUGCACAGUUCAGAGCCUGAAGUUCACAGCUGAGAGGUUCUCCAUCCUCUGUGGAUCCCCUCUCCUGGUCUGGCACACGCAGAAGAACUGGAGUGUCAGUUCUUGCUUUUGACACUGCCACCACCACCUCCUCAUGUUCUCUGUGGGAUCUUCUUUGUCUUCAGUAGCUCAGGAGGCAGGGAGAGAGCAGCAUGAAGUGGCAGCUGGGGGAGAUGAGCUUUGGCUGUGACACCAGUGAUGCUUCAUGUGGCUUUCUGCUCCCAGCCUGCCCAGUGGGGUUGGUGCUGGCAUGGCUUUCUGUGGCUUGGAGAUUCAGCAUCAGAUGCUGCUGCUGACUCUUUUCUUAAAGAUGCAAGUCUUCUUUGGUGCUUCUCAGUGAGGUGGUUACUGCUAAAGGGAAAAAGAAUACAGAUGUCAACUGGUUUUGAGCUCAGGGUGAUGUGCUGGAUGGAGGAAGAGGGGGGUCCCAGGCUAGCAGAUUAGUAGAGGAGGAGGAGAGAACUGCUAAAGCUUCUCAGCUGCCAGGUUGGAUGGGGCUUUGUGCAGCCUGGUCUGGUGGGAAGUGUCCCUGCCCAUGCAGGGUGGUUGGGACUAGAUGAUAUUUGAGGUCCCUUUCAACCCAAACCAGUCUGUGAUUCUGUGAUUCUAAGUAGAAAGAUGAUCCUGCUCCCUUCAGCCAGGAAAGGCCCCCUUUCUUUCUCCCAUGCCUCCUCCUGAGUCCCAAAGCCCCUGAGGGAUGGCUUUCUUGUCAAAGUUCCUCCUGGGCAAUCAUGGGUCUCCCUACCAUCCCCUUACGCUCUGAAGCACAACCUUUCCAAGGCCACUCAGUCUGGUACCAGGCUGCUUCCUGGCUGUCUCAGGGCCCAGGAAGAACCAGGUGCUGUCUCCUCCAUUUAAAAAAAUGUGAUGUCUUGAAAGUGUCUCCACCUCUUCAUCGGUGCUGCCAGUUUUCCCCUUCCUCCCACGUGGUGCUGGAUGUUUCUCAGAGGCUCAAGCAAUUGUCUGCAGGGUUUCCCACCCUAUGCCUGAGCAGUGCUUGGAGGAGCUGAAGACCACAGUGCUCCCUUCACCCCCCCGUGGUUUACCUGUGGCUCUAGGUCCAGCCUGACACUGCUCCCAGCUUUCUUUAGAUGCCAUUCCAGGGGCCAAAAAAAGCCAGCAGAUGCUGGAAGUCAACUCCACUGAAACCCCCCUGACCUUGGGUGGUGGUGAAAGAGGAGGAAGACACUUUGGGGGACAUGCUCACCCCUUGCUAGCUCUGGUUUUCUGAGAAAGCAGUGCCCGUGCUCCUGCUUCAUGAGGAUAGCCCAGGUUCUUCAUCUGCCUUCUACUUCUCUUUAAUGAGAUGUCUAAUUGCCCCUGGCAUGUCUUCCUUCUCCCAUUGUACAGCCUAGGGACAGUUCUUCUGGACCUGACCAUUAUUUUUCCACAAGUUGGGUUUUGUGAAGGGCAGAAGGUCAAUAAAUAACUAAUGCUUGGA